GAACAGCUUCAUUGUGAUUGGUGGUUUGACAGCCAUUUUUAAAACACACGCAACCAACUUACCCAACUAAACACAGCAUUUGGUUAAGAAACGAGCAACUAAAGGGUUUGACUUGCGAAUGCAAAGCAAAUAAGAAAACGUGUUGCCUACAACAUGGGCCUGUUGCUUGCAUACAUACACAUACAUAUGGGCUGUUGUGCAUCAACGAAUACCAACUGACACAUGGGCUCAGCGAGUUGUGUUGAGUGUUUUGGCUUACAGUUAAUUAUCAGAAGAAGGCAGUCAAUCGGAACCAGUCGAGCGGCCAGUCCGCAUUGAAAUUAUAACGCGUUAACAUUUACCGUAACGGUAAACAAUGUAAAUUGCAAUAGAUUAUUUAUAAGUGCAUUCAAGUAUUUACAUACAUAUGCACAAGUACGUACAUACUCGUAUGUAUACGGAAAAGCAGAUUUAUAGUGCGUAGCUUAACUAGUCAUCUAGUCAGUGCAGGUGUGCGAUUAAAACAGCAGAAAAAUAUAAUAUAUACAUUUUUUUUCGUUCGCAAGCACGUGUAUUUGUGCGAAACACUCAAGUGGACAGUGCAAAGUGCCAAAACAAGUGAAAAGUGCCGUCGUCAUAACCGAACAAUAUGCUACAACAUCAACAGCAGUCACAGGUGUCACAAGGAUACUACGAUUACAACCAGUCCAGUCCAACAAAUUCAUUUACUAAUUCCGAUUCCCUAAAUACAACGCCAUUUUCAGUUAAGGAUAUACUGAAUCUGGUGAAUCAGAACGAGAAUUAUGAAGUAUUCGGCUCAAUGGAGAGUCCCAUGCAUAGCGAUUCUACACCGGCAUCUUGCGUCAACGAUUACGACACAGCAAUUUACCAGGAAACACAAGUUAUGUCGCAUAUUCAAGUGCCCACCAUGACGGCGGCGUCUAUGGCAGCAGCGGCAGCGGUUGGAGCAAGUGCCACAGCAUCCGGUUACCAGUAUCCUCAUCACCCUCACCCUCACCCUCACCCUCACCAUCCUCAUCAUCAUCAUCAUCAUCCUCCGCAUGCGAAUUUCGGUGAAUAUGCUACAGCUCCACAUGCCGUAGCCGCGUCCGCUACUUAUCCACCCCACCUCCACGCACAUCCUCAUAGCCAUCCAGGAGCGCAUACAACACAUCCACCUCAUUCACACCCACAUACACAUCACGUACCUCCUUACCAUCAGCAUUACGGCACACCGGUCCAAUGGUAUAUGCCCACACCCGGCGUGACCACCAAUCCAAAUGCCAUGUGCCCGCCUGCCGUCAGCAGUGUUUCGCCAAAUUCGUCGACGGCAGCGACGUAUGGCGUAAUGGCCACACAUCCAACUGCAUACAAUUAUAAUUAUCAAAAUCCAGGUGAUGCUUACAUGAAUGGCAUAAAUGGCGUUGGCAACAUCGAAAUCGCCAGCAAUAAAAGUGACUAUGCGUCCACGCCAUAUGUAACGCCAUCGCCCACCUUGGAUCUGAAUAGCUCGACGGAGGUGGUGGGCGAUCCACACACCGGUACAUCUGCUAUGCCAGCGAAACUGACAGCGUUGCCGUCGAAGAGUAGUGGUAGUCAUAGCAAGUCGAUUGUGCCGACGCAGCAAACUUUACAAAAUUUAAUGGACACCACAAAUAACAAUGGCCCAUCGCUACAGCAUAUGACCAAUAGUGGGGCAAACGGAUUGGGUAAUAUGAAUGGAAGUUUGGGCGCACAAAAAAGUGUUUCGAGCAGUGCGCAAGCAUCUGGGGAAAAUGUGGCGGGGAAUAGUGGCGUCGGUGGUAGUGGAGAAUGUGCAGUUUCCAAGCGCAGGGACAUUUCCCAAGUCACCUCCUCCCGUUCGGAAUUGCGUAAAAAUGGCAAACCGCGUUGCAAACGCAAACCGCGCGUACUCUUCUCUCAAGCGCAAGUGCUGGAGCUGGAGUGUCGCUUUCGCAUGCAAAAGUACCUGACAGGUGCCGAACGUGAAGUUAUCGCACACAAACUCAAUCUAUCGCCAACGCAAGUGAAAAUUUGGUUUCAAAAUCGUCGCUACAAAUCGAAACGUGGAGAAAUUGAUGGUGACGCAAUCACGGUGAAAUUGAAAGCGGACAGUGCAGCGAACGUAAUGACAGCGGCGGUGACAUCCGGCGGCGUUAUGUGGGGCCAAUUGCAUCGUCAACAUCAAACACAUCCGCAACAGGCGACGGUGCAGGCGACGAUGCAGGCGAUGCAUCAUUCAUAACACACGCAAGAAGAGCGGUAUGCAGGCAAAUACAUAAUCAAUGUUUUUUAUAUAUAUGUAUACAUAAGUAUAUUUAAUUGUGUGCAAAUACAUACAUAACUUUAAAUUAUUUAGCAUUUCUUAAAUAAAGUAUUGAUUUUUACGUUUCGAAAUAUGCUAAUGCCUUUCAAAUAGUAUUAACAUUUAAUAGUUUAAUGCAUAA